AUGUUGAAGACUCCAGAUGAAAAGGCGUUGUUCAAAGACAUAAAUUUAUUGCAUUUAACGUUACAGUGUACUGAGGAUGAUGAUUCUCGUGAUUCUGGAAUUUCAAUUCCUUCAGUCACGAGUGGAAAUGUUGCAGAUUCUGAUUCAACAGCUCCAAUGGAUUGCAGCAGCAGUAGCAGCAGGAAAAACGACCAUACCAGUUCUUUUGAAGGAUCAGACCUGCUGUUUAGCUGGAAUAGUUCGUUAGAACAAACAGAUUUGUUCCAACGAAGGUCGUCAAUAUACGAGAACGGCAAUGGUGAUUGGGCAGCGGAGCAGCAACCCCUAAGAUACGUUCCAAAAAAUAUAAAUGGCGUAGAUCUUUUCGCUGUAGCGGCAACUAUGAACUUGGUUGUGGUAGCGACAACAACUGUUUCCGUAGAAGAUAGCAGCAACAAAUAUUUGGGGUCGUACGUAACGCGACCAUGUGAAGGCACAUCUGCGGUCAUCUGUGACCUCCAAAAUUGUUCAGUGCAAACUCAAGAGUUUCUUCCGGGAUCAUUGCAUGUAGGAGCAAUCAACAUAUGUGAUUGGGAAUCUCUAAAAGCGACUUUUUAUCCUGAGUGUCCUGUGGGAUUUAAAGCUAUAUCGUCCAAAAUUCCAAUUUUUUAUUGCGAAUUCUCACAGAAGCGAGGACCGCAAUUAGCUGAAGCUUUACGAAAGUAUGACAGGAAACGUAAUGAAUGGCGUUAUCCUGAUGUCGAUUACAAAGAAAUUUAUGUGCUUGAUCGUGGUUACAAGAACUUUUUUGAGGAAGGAUAUACGCAUCUGUGUGAACCGCCGUCAUAUGUCACAAUGUUAGAAGUCUCGCACAGGGAGGAUUUGAAGAGAUUCAGCAUGCAUCGCUCGAGAUCCGCUGUGGAGCUGAACGAGGCAAUUAAUCAGACCUUCCGUGGUUUUUGUGAAAAGAAUGUCAAAACGCGACAGAAUACCUGUGCAGUCAAUUCUCCAACACAGCUUUUGCGAAACCCGGAUCUGCUUUGGUUAUCCAGUGACCUGACAAUAGCGCCAAGACUGGUGAAAACAUUAAGAUUCUCAGAAUCUCCAGAAUCACCGAAGCAUCGUAAAAGUGUUUAUUAA